UGUACUGGGAAGUAACUCAACGACGUUCAUGGUUAGGUGAUCUUGAUUUGAUUUAAUCCGUCAGUGAAAAAAUAAAAACAAAACAGUUUCGAGAUGAGAGAAUCGUGAUGCUAAUUUCGUUUGUUCAUGGAAGACUAACCUCAAGCGAUUUCGACGCUUAGCUUAAUUGGAGACACCUGAUCGUUGGAGCGCAAGUAUUUGAAUUUAUUUACUGUUAUUUCUAGAAGUUAAUCAAUCAAAUAUCUGUUAAUCGGAUUAAUUAGUGGUGUAUUUAUUACUGAAGAUCAUUCGUCUCGUCAGAAUGGUGAUACGACCAAAGUCAGAUUCCAUGAGCGCCGUCAUAAGUAGUAAGUCAAUUUCAAUUACCAUUAACAGAUAACCACAUUCAGGCUGGCCUCCAUUAAUAAGUUUUCAUCAUUUAUUUUGUCUCCGAAAUAUUUCCCCACCAAUGCAACGAUUUCCAUUUAAUCUCUCAAUCUACAUAACGAAUUGAAUCCCCCUGAAAUUUAUUAUUUGCGUCGUAGUAAGGUUUGCUUCAUUAUACGGUACAUUUAGUUUUCAUUGCCCAUAUUACUAUAAAUACAUCGAUAACGUCAAGAUUGUACUAAAAAUCCCGUUACAAUUGUGCAAGGUUUUUCAGAAUGUAGUAUAAUGGAAUAAUUUAACCCGGGUAAAUAAUUGAACAUCGAUGCGCAAGUAGACGGACUAGAUGUUGUAGCUAAACUCAACAUGUAUGCAUUGAAUGCGAAAUGUCCUUUCUCCGCUCUCAAUAUUUUCCACUCUGUUUAGGCUAAUACAUUGUUCUGCGUAUUCCUUUGGAUUUAGAAUAAAAAAAAAGAGGAUGUACAUUUGAAUAACUCAAUUGCUGAGCUUCAUUGACCGCGUAAUUUAUUCGAUAUUGCAAUGACCAGCAUUUAACGGGCAGAUACGCUCUUACAACUUAUCCAAAUAACCUACGAUUUUUCUUAGCAUAUCGCUCAGUCCUAUUCGGUGUUUCGUGAGAGAACAAACGAAAACAUCUGCCUCAGUUCCAUUUUAACUUCAGUAGACAAAAGUUAUCUUUAUAUCCCAGGCAAUUACGGAUGUUUAAGUUUGUCUUGGAUAACAGGAAUUGAUACAAAAUUUUGAAACUAUUAAUAAAACUUGAAGUGCAUUCCCGCAAUGAAAGGAGUGGGAAUCUGGAUGCUGUUCUGCCUUAGUUUGGUAAGGUCCAUUUCAAGCGAUUUGAAUGCGCUUAAUGGAAAGCAUUUGGUCGUCGGGACGCAGGUAACAUUGGUUCACCUUUACGUGGUGAGAAACAGUUCCGGCUUUAUCACUGAAAUGAAAGGUGUAACAGCCGAGACUAUCAAAGUUUUGUCGCAACGCUUUAAUUUUACAUACUCGGUUCUGCAAGUAAACGAUAGUCUUAUAGAAAGGCAAAAUGAAACUCUGCUAGGCCUCGCUUACUAUAUUGCAAACGGAAAAUGCGACGUAAUCAUUGGACCCAUAGUGACGACGCCUAAACGAUCCGACACUAUGGAAUUUGCCGGCGGAUUCAUGUACACAUCUGGUGCUCUUCUAAUUCCUAUGCCAGAGCCUUCGGACAAUGUAGCUGCCGUUGCGAAACCUUUUCAGUUAUUGGUUUGGAUCGCAAUAUUGAUUGCAAUGCCCAUAACGACCAUCGCAAUCUACUUUUUCAUUCGUCCGAUAAACUGUAUGGAGAAUGUUGCCAUGGAACAAUCGGGUGACGGAAGGAUCCGUCGUAUUCCGCAGACUGCUGGUCGAGUAUUCUUUGAGAUUUUCCGAAUUAUCAUAAACCAAGGAGGAUACUUUCCUGGAAUGCGAAUUGCCGUUUAUUUUGUUGCGGGUUCUUGGUGUUUGGGCGCCUUGGUUCUUGUUUGUUCCUACAGCAGUCUCUUGACGUCUUACGUCCUGGGCUCAAACGCUGAGCCGCUGGUUGAUUCCCUCAAAGACCUUGCUGCAGACCCAAACGUCAAACUAGUUGUUGACAAAGGGCUUGCUGUAGAUAUCGUCGUUUCGGCUGCAGCAGAUGGACUCUACAAACAACUGGGUGAUAAAAUGCGAUCUCAGUCGAAAUCCCGUUGUGUGUCGUUUAAGGAAUGCAUUGAACUGGUGAAGUCUGAAUCUUACACUUACCUAAAUGGUCUUGAAGUAACGCUCAACGCCAUCGACGAAGAUUACAAGACCACUGGAAAAUGCAAUCUAGCAUUAGCCAGGAAACCGGAAUCGGUUCCCGGAUCGUUGGGUUGGGCGCUGCCCAAAAAGAGUCCCUACACGAGUUCGUUCACCAAAGGGUUCAUGGAGUUGCAUCAAGCCGGACUGAUUGACAUGUGGACCGAAAGGGAACUGCAAAAACGAAGAAACGUCACUUAUUGUUUGAACGAGGCCCGUAAUAGGCAGCAGCGCAAGAUAACAAAUAAUUUGACAAAGAUCACUUUGAAGAACUUCUCUGGCGCAUUUUACGUCUUGAUAAUCGGCUAUGUUCUUUCUUUAAUUUGCUUCAUCGUCGAAAAUGUGUAUUUCAAACUCUCCAAAUAUCAGAAAUCGUCCACGGACCGCUUGGAAUUGGAAAUUAAAGUCGAACAACAUCAAGAUUUAUCAAUUCAAGAUCAGGCCGAGGGGUUUUACCAUAACCGCAGACAGAUGUAACAUCUGGAGACGCUACUCACAUUUGGAUGGCAUUUUCUUUUUGGAGAACGAUUCGAAAUUUAGAUAACUUUUCUAACGAUUUUGUUUUAUUAUUUCUUAUUAUUAUUCUCUUUAGCUAUUAUAGAAGUAUACUUCUUUAUCAUGUCGUAUUUUUAAAAGAGCAUUUUCUUUUUUUAUCCUGUAUUUUGCGCAGUUUUAAAGUAAUCCCUAACUACUUUCUAGUAAUUAUUCUAGUAUUCCAAAGGAGUAAUGAAUUUAAACAGGAUUCUAUCGCUUCUGGUCCCAGCACAGUUGUUGUAUACCAAUACGUGUCGUCACCUCGCAUGGACUCUGUAUUAUUUUUACGUUAAUUUGAUUCAUGUCAACACUGAUAGCUACUCACAGCUUACCUGCAAAUGAAUGUUUAAGUACUUGGUGCAUAAACCACCAUAUCCUGGUCCUUAUCUUAACAUCUCCCUUAUCAGAUUAUAUAAUAAAUUUGUGUUUCUCAAAUUA